AUGGGUCCUAAUGUUUCUUAUCAUGUUCCAAGGGUUGAACCAUUAGAAGUAAAUUCUCGUUCUAUCCCUAUUGCAUCUGUAGCCGAAUUAUUUUUAGAUUCAAAACGAUCCAUCACUCCUUCCCCUUCAGGGUCUCCUAGUUCUUCUCAAAACCUACAAGUUGAUGCUAAUGGAAACGAAGUAAGAAGAGGUCGAGCUCUUGUAGUCAUUUUCAACACAAUCGAUAGAUCCGAGAGGAAAGACGUGGGGCCCGGAUACUCCGAAUACGUUGCAGAUUCUAAAGAAUUGAAGAAGAUGAAGACAACAAAAAGACGACUUUCUUACAAGUGUGGGAAAAGGGAGGUGGGAAAUGAAAGAAUCUUGUUUGGUUUGUGA